UUUCCUUGAAUAGUAGGUGCCAGGUGCUGAUGCUGCCUCAGCGUCGCCAUGAGGACUGCCCUCCUGGUCUAUUUUCUGGCCCUCGGGCAAGGGUGGGUCACAUGCAACCUCUUUGACCCUAAGAACGGCAUGGACAAACACGACAAUGUUUUAAGAAGACACAGCAAAUUAUCAUUCGUCAAAAAUACAGAUAUCAGCCGUAAAAGGGAAUUACAAAAUAAAGAAAAGCAGCUUAUUGCCUUUUUUAAGGACGCGUUACAUCAAGAACAUAUAAAGUUAAACCCAAAACAGACAAAGACUAAAUUAGGUUUCAAUUUAGCUGGAUUCGCUAGAGGAGUUCAGUUCAUAGCUGACGUGGUCAGUAUUGUAUCAUCGGACUUCUGGAAGUGGAUACGUAAUAAGAAUUAA